AUGACAGGAAAUGUAUGUUUUGGUUAGGCCGAUGUUUAACUAUUGCUGUUAUUUAUGCUCCUCCUGUGUCCAGGUGUCAGACAGGUGUGACUACGUGUUUGUGAACGGGAAGGAGAUGAAGGGCAAGAUGAGGAUGAUGGUGAACUUCACCUACAGUUACCUGAGUGCCCAGCUGGAGAUGAACGUGUGGAUCCCACGGCUGCCCCUCCAGAUCGAGGUGUCUGACACAGAGCUCAGCCAGAUCAAGGGAUGGAGGGUGCCCAUCAUGACCAGCAAGAGGUACAGUAGAGCCCACCCACCAGCCACCCCCAUUACUGGCACACAGUUAAGUCUAGUGGCUUAAAAGGAAGCACUAACUCUAAAAUUAGUGUAUGUUUUUAUCACAAAAAAUAUUUAUCAGAGAUCAGGCUUGUGUUUUAAUACCAUUACAUAAUGUAUUAAAAUACCUCAAUGUGAUCUAAUCUACAGAGUGAGAGAAUUUAAAUAGGAAACAGUGAUUAGGGACAAGGCACAGAAUAUGUGUGUGUGCAUGCUUGCGUGUGUGUUUUGUGACAGGUGUGACCUGUGCUGUAGCCUAAUUCAGAGUGUUUCUAUUAAUUCCCUUGGCUCAGCUGGAAUAGUGAUGAGGAGGAGGAUAAGAAGGGUAAAGGCUGCAUGUUGCAGUUCCAGCAUGCCCUGGUGCGUGUGAUCACACACUUCAUAGCCGAGCAGUCGGACCCCCGGGAGCCCCAGGCCUACUUUCUGGGCUCAGACUGGCAGGUGGACGUCACCAAGCAUGUGCGCCAUUUCCUCAAGGUGAAGGACCCUCGCAUCGCCAGACUGCAGGCAGGCAGGGUGCUGUCAGGACAAGACAUGGGGACCACCUCCAUCCAGGUAACCAUCAGGCCUGGUGGGAUGCUUGACUGACUGCAUGUUUAAACGGGCCUUUAUCUAUAGAGGUGACAUUGGAUAUUAUCAUGACGUGAUAUUGACAUUGUAAUAUUUAAUGCUCUCUGUGUUUUGUGCCUGCACAGGUGUUCUCCCCCCUCUCUGACUCCAUCCUGGCAGAGAAGACAGUGAUGGUGGUGAAUGACAAAGUGACCAUCACAGAGCUGGUGGUGCAGCUGGUCACCGGCCUGGCUCUGUCCCUGCAGCUCAGCCCAGGAGGCAACAGGGUCAUCCUCGCCACGGCAACGAUACAGGAAGUGCUGCAGAGCCCCAAACAGGUGCCUUUUACGAUCUUCUUGAAUGACAAUCAGAUCAGACACAGGUAUACUGUAGAUUGAGUUUAAUAAUAUUAAAUAUUGUUUGUUAUUUGGUCUCCUCAGGAGGCUGCGGUUAGUUCCUGGGUCCAGUUCAGCGAUGGCUCCCUGACCCCUCUGGACAUUUAUGACCCUGCCUACUACCGUGUGACACUGACCUCUCUAGACCAGGGCGUGGUGUCGGUGCAGGGCUCCCCGCCUGCAGUGGUGGCGGAGGGCGAGGGACAGGGUGUGCUGGUCAGGGUGGAGAUGGCCAUCUGCGAGGCUUGCCAGAAGUCCAAACGGAAGAGCUCUCUGGCCAUGGGCAGCGGCAGCCUCAAGGUCAAGUUCCAGGUCAACAGCCGGCGCUUUGCCAGCAACAGUAGCAGCAGUAGUGGAGGUGGGGCUGGCAGUGGCAGCAGUAAGGACAGCAGCAGUGACUACGGGAAUGAUGGGGAGGAGAUGGACAGUGAGAGGAAGCAGCAGCAGCCCCAGCAGCCCUUGCCCAGCGGCUCAGCCUCAGAGCGGGAGGAGAGCGUCAUGCGCAAGGUCACCACCACAGCCAAAUCCAGCGAGCGAGAUGCCGCUAAGGGGAGCAUGUCCAGCGGUGGCAGCAGCCAGGGCGGAAUGGGCAGGGCCAGUGAAUCAGGAAGUUUCUUAAAUGCUGCAACCGUCAACAGUCCUGCCAUCACCAUCAACGACAGUAAUGUUAGCAGCCCUAGUGACUAUGGGACAGCUGAGGGGACAGACAAUGGGCUAGUUGGAGAUAUAGGUAGUGUUGCAGUCAGUUGCACUGUGAAGACACCUGGUAACCUGGUCAACUACAAUAACUUCCCCUCUCAGGUGGAGUUGCCUGACCAGGAGCGAGUGGAGGUGGACAUGGGCAAUGAAGACAUGCUGUCUAACCGGCCUCUCUCAGACCUGGAGAUCGGCAUGUACGCUCUGCUGGGGGUCUUCUGCCUGGCCAUCCUGGUCUUCUUGGUGAACUGCAUCUCUUACGUAGUAAAGUUCAGGCACAAACAGCCCUCCUCUCACGGCCAGGAGCCCACGGGGCACAGGCACGACUGGGUGUGGCUGGGCACUGAUGCAGAGCUGGUGAUGAACGUGCCUGGCACUCCCCUCCAGCAAGACGACCACAGCACCACCACAGUCAUAGACAUUGGGCCUGAUAAGACGGCCUCUCUGCCCAGGCAGCUUAGCUGCCUAGCCUCCUCCAGACCCUCCUCUCCUUUGGGCUGUGGGGGCUCCCUCGGGGCCAAGCCCUUGAACCGCACUGAGUCCCUCCACUCCCCCACAAGCAAAAGGAAGAGGGUCCAGUUCACCACCUUUGCCUCUCUGGACCGUCAGCACUCCCCAAACCUCCCCAGAGAGAACAGCCAUGGCAUUCACUGGGUGGGGAAGGAGAACUGUAUUGAACCCCAAGUGCCCAUCACAGAACCUGUGGACCAUUUAUAA